AUGAGCAGGGUCAACUCCUCCUCAUCAAUGAAGAACGGGGUCCCCUCAGCGGCAGCCUCUUCAUCCAACACCAGGUCGGCUCCGCCUGCGGACUAUCUUGAUCAGCAAAGAGAGCGCUCACCGGAACCCGACGAAGAUUUCAGGAUGGAAGAGCAGGAGACGGCAUGGUUGGUGAAAGUGCCCAGAUUCCUCUAUGACGGCUGGUCCAAUCUCACACAGGACGAUCUCAAUCUGGGCAAAGUCAGGGUGUAUGACGCUGACAGCAAGGGCCAUCAGCGCAUCGAGCUCAUCCUGCCCUCAGCUCCGGAAGCUCCCAUUCCGCUGCCAGAGUACGACCCAGCCUCAGCAGGCCGAGACGUGAAGCGGAUACCCCGCAAUUACGACCUCAAGUUGACAAGCGAAGCUCAGCAGACGGCCAAGAAGAACAUCUUUGCCUUUCGAGAGAAGCACGAAGGAGACGACGAGGAGGAGCUGGAUGAUGAUGAAGAUAUUUCCAGCGCAAGUGUAAGCUCUCGUCCGUCUUGGCGCAGGAAGCGGGCAAAGAUCACAACGGCGUUUGCAGGCAAAAUCACCAAUGAAGCGGCCGUCAAACCCAUCCUUGCCUCCAUGAGUGAAGCUUCGAGUCGCGGCGUGAGCCCUUCGAUUCUGGCCUCGUCUGCGGCCACAGGCGCUGGUGCCACAGACAGCAAGACUGGCCUUGGCCUCAGUGGCACUCCUUCCAACCGAGCGGCAAGCUUCACUCCAGAGUAUCGAGAGAUUCUACGUAGAAGGAAAUUGGAGUCUACAAAGCCCAAGAGGACGGUCAAGAUGCUAGAUGAUGCAGAUGAUGGAGCUCAUAACAUGCUCAUGGCUGGUCUUGGCCAGGGUCACAUGAAGAACAAGUCUGCAAGCUCCUUCAUCGUUCAAAAUCCAAAGCCAACAGCCUCCAGUGCUCAAAAGGAGAAGUUCACCCGUCUGCCCAAGAAUGAGCUGCUCGAUUUCCUCUUCAACUGCUACGAGCGCUACACCUACUGGACCAUCAAGGCCCUGCGCGACGAAACUCAUCAACCCGAGUCUUAUCUGCGUGAGACAUUGAGCUCGAUUGCCGACCAGCACAAGAGGGGUCCUUACAUGGGCCAGUGGAGUCUCAAGAAUGAGUAUGUGCAGCAGCGCAAACAGGAGGAGGAGCAGAGAGCUCGAGAAGGUCUUGCGAGCGGUGGUGGGCUUGGUAACGUGGUAAAGGCAGAGGGGGAGGGAGAAGACGAUGAGGAGAUGGAAGAUGUGAUCUGA